AUGAGUUUUACUGGUUUUCUAGCGGCUCCUGAAAUCAUUCGUCGUCUUACUUCUCAAGAUGCAUUUGAGAACGAGAGUGUUACAUUUACAUGUACAGUACAAAGUGUAGAUAACGCUGACGAAGAUGAGCCUUAUUCAAUAGCAUGGUUUUUCAAUGAUAAACAAAUUGAAUCAAAUAAUGAAAAAUAUUCACUCGAUGAAAAUCCUAAAACCGGAAUUUGCUUAUUAACUAUAAGAAAUAUAGUAGCAGAAGAUGAAGGUCCAUAUCGAUGUAUAGCAACAAAUAAAUUUGGUUCGUCAGUGACUACUGCAUUUCUUGCUGUUUUGAGGAGAAAACGAUCUCAUUCACCAUCACCAAGUCGUAAUGCUAGUCCAAAUCGAUCAUUAAGUCCAUCAAAUAAUCAUGCACAAGAUCGAAGCGUUUCACCAUUACGUUAUAUUAAUUUACCCAUGUCCAAAUUAGCAAGAGUGACUGAAGAACUUGAAAGUUUAGUAAAUCAAACACCAUCAACUGUUCCAGAAGAAGAAGAAGAAGAAGCUAAGAAAGAUGAAGAAGAACAGGAACUAGAAAACAAUGAACCGGUGCAAACAACAGCAGAAAUGCCACCAUCAAUUGAACAGGUGGAAAUACCAAUAACAAAAAUCAUCGCACCUGAAGAAAAUAUGGUCCUUCCUCAAGUCUUAUUACCGACAACAACAAUUACAGUGGAGGAAGAUAAAUCCAAUAUAGUUAAAAUUGAAGAACAAGAAAAACCAACUAUUGUUAGUAAAUUACCAUCUAUAAUACGUAUAAACGAAGGUGAAGAUCUUGAUGUUAGUUGUUCGAUCAUAGGCAAUCCUGAACCGGUGAUACAUUGGACUAAGGAUAAUGUUGAUAUUCGAGAAGAUCAUCGUAUUGAUAUAUAUUCCGAUCGGGGUGUACAUCAUUUAGAAAUUAGCGAAAUUUUAACGUCUGAUCAAGGUCUUUACACUAUUCAUGCCGAAAAUUCUUUAGGAAAAAUAGAUACAGAAUGUCGAAUCGAAGUCAUCGAAAAUAUGAAUAAAAUUAAAAGAUUAAAAGUAGAAGGACUACUUCCUUACGGUGCACGUCAACCGACAUACAAAGCGCCAGAAUUUCUUAUCAAACCAUCAAAUCGUACAGUUCAUGAAGGUGAACAAUUCCAAAUAUUUGCCAAAGUGAUUGGUAAUCCUGCUCCACAAAUUGUUUGGAUUCGUUCGGGUAAAUCAUUAGAAGAUGAUGGUUAUCACAAAAUAUUUGAUCGCAACGGAGAAAAUUUUUUUGAAAUACCAAAAAUUUCCAUUUUGGACGCUGGAGAAUAUUCAUGCAUUGCCACAAAUAUGAUGGGAGCUGUUUAUAGUACAUUUACUGUAUGCGUAGAAGCAAUGACUGAACCCGAAUCAACUAGUUCUGAAGUUGAAGAACGUUCGACCAAUGCAUCUGAUGUUGAUGCGAAUGCUAUGGAAGAUGUUCCUCAAUCUAUUGCGACACAACUUAUUGAUAAACAUGUUCGACAACAUCGUCAAUUAAAAUUAUCCGACCAAUCUGAUAUAGACUUCUUCUUGUCAGACUUUGUUUUAAAAGAUGACUUUCGUGAUGAAGCUCGUGAUGUAUCUAUGAAUAAAGGUGAUUUAGUUGAAAUCAUUGAUAUUGAUAAAAAAGACAAAUGGCUUGUUAGAAACAAGAGAAAUUUGAAUCAGAUUUGUUAUGUACCUCCUGAUUAUCUCGAAAUGGUACCAGAUAUAGACAUUAACCCGGCCAACAAUGAUUUAAAUAAUAUUGAUAGCAAUCAACAAAUUGUUCCGAGCAAGCGAACAUUUACGAAAAAGUUCGGUGGAGUGACCAGCAAUAUCGACAAACGAUAUAAUCCAAUAAAUCAAGAAGAACAAGAUUCGUCAUCAAGUAGUGAUGAUUUAAAAACCAUGACUGAGGAAGCUGAAGUAUAUUUUGCUAAUUCUGACUAUGUCCCAACACGUCCAGAUGGAAUUUCACUUGCUGAAAAUCAGCUUGUCGAUGUGCUCGAUUCACAUGAUCCUGAACAAUAUCUUGUUCGCACUCGACCACGUAAAGAUGAGCGACCAAAAAUUGGUUGGGUUGAUGCAUGCUUUCUUGAGAAGAAGUCAACCAAUAUUGGACAGGUUAGUAAUCAGUUAUCUCAUUUUAUUUUUCUAUUACUCACUUAUAUCACUGCUGUUGUUGUUGCUGCUAUUGCUACUGUUACUGUUUCUGUUGCUGAUGAUGAUGAUAUUUGA